AAUAAAAAAAUAAAAAAAAAAGUACAAAAAUGUAAAGGCAAUCCCAAGCUCUUCAAUCAAGGAAUCCCAACAAAAAAAAGAGGAUUUUGGUUGAUGAAUAGGGGACAUGUGUCCCUCCUUAUUAAUGAUACUGCUUUUAAUUUUCUCCCAAAGUAACUGACCAUUUUGCCUUCUCCUCCUUCUCCUCCUUCUUCCAUGUAAAACUUUUUCUCACCAUUCCAAACAAUCCAAUGGACACAAUUAUAGAAAGACCAAAAAUUUAUUUUCAAAAUGUUACACAAAAGGGAUAUUGAUUAUGCAUGUAGUACAGUUUCACUCCCCAAAACAAUCCAAAAAAAAAAAUCAAAUUUUUAUACUUCCCCACCAAUUUUCCCUUGUUGAUUUCCAUUUCCAUAUUUUCCUCUGCAAAGUUUAGUUUUUUUUUCUUUCUUUCUUUCUUUCUCAGAAUCCAUUUCUUACCAAGAACAACAAUGGAAAACCCAGUUUCAAGAAAGUGGUCACAAGAAAUGUGGUUUGCCAUUAUCACUUGUGUUGCUCUGUUUUUCGUUAUGUCUUGCUUUGAUUACUCGACUUUAAUGGCUGCCGACAAGAGGGUCAUCGCUCCUUCAGUCAACAAACAAGAAAACCCACUUGUUAUUCCCUCUACUGAGACCGUUUCUGAUCCCUGCGCCGGUCGAUACAUCUAUAUUCAAGAUCUUCCAAGUAGAUUCAACUCUGACUUGCUCAAGAAUUGCAGGCUCUUAACCAGAGGAACAGAGAAUUCGAUGUGUCCGUACAUUGAAAACCAGGGUCUUGGCCCUUUGAUUGAAGAUUAUGAAGGGUUUUUGUCUAACAACAGUUGGUUUAACACUAACCAGUUCAUGUUGGAAGUGAUUUUUCAUAACAAGAUGAUGCAUUACAGGUGUUUGACAAAAAAUUCUUCAAUGGCUUCUGCUAUAUUUGUACCCUUUUAUGCAGGUCUUGAUGUCAGCCUUCGUUUAUGGGAUUCCAACAUUUCAAAGAGAGAUUCUUCUGCUCGUGAUCUUCUUCAGUGUCUUUCCAAGAAACCCGAGUGGAAGAAAAUGUGGGGGAGAGACCAUUUCAUGGUGGCUGGGAGAAUUUCUUGGGACUUUAGAAGGCAAACUGAUAACACUACUGAUUGGGGUAGCAAGCUGAGGUUUCUGCCUGAGUCCAUGAACAUGUCAAUGCUUUCAGUGGAAGCAAGUUCAUGGAGGAAUGACUAUGCCAUUCCAUACCCCACUUACUUUCAUCCCUCGAAAGAUAGCAUGGUGUUCGAGUGGCAAAGCCGAAUGAAGAGCCGGCCAAGGCCACAUCUGUUCACCUUUGCUGGUGCACCAAGGCCAGACCUUACCAAUUCGAUCAGAGCAAAGGUUAUUGAUCAGUGCCAAACAUCAAAGUCGUGCAAAUUCAUUGACUGUGGUUCUGCUGAGAAUAGUUGUAGCAAACCAGUUAGUGUAAUGAGAGUGUUUCAAAGCUCAAUCUAUUGCUUGCAGCCUCCUGGAGAUUCAUACACAAGAAGGUCGAUUUUCGACUCCAUUUUAGCUGGUUGUAUUCCAGUUUUUUUCCAUCCGGGCACCGCUUAUUCUCAAUAUAAAUGGCAUUUUCCCAAGAAUCAUACCAAGUAUUCUGUGUAUAUUCCAGUCAGGGAUGUCAUGAAGGACUUAAAAGAAGGUGGCAUUGAGCAAGUGUUACUUGCCAUUUCCAAGGAUGAGGAAAUGAGUAUGAGAGAAGAGGUCAUAAGGCUUAUACCAAACAUAGUUUAUGGAGAUCCCAGGUCGAGAUUGGAGACUCUUGAAGAUGCAUUUGAUUUAUCAGUUAAGGGAAUGAUUGAGAGAGUUGAGGAAGUUAGGAGAGUGAUUAAGGAUGGUAAAGAUCCUAGUGUUGGUUUUGCAGAAGAAGAUAGUUAUAAGUAUACGUUUUCUCAUUAUUUAGAAUGAGCUUAUUUGGUUAAGUGGGAUAAUAUAGAAAUGAGUUUUAAGUACAAGUUUGUAUCAGUUAUACAAAAAAAAAAACAAAUUACUUCAGUGGAGAGUACACACUAAUAAAUGUAAAUUUCUUGUCAUUUUGCUCAAUGUUAUUAUUACUAUUUAUAAGUCAUUA